UUUAAGAGGUGACUGAUAAUUUAUAUGCUACAGUUGACUUUCAAAGAGGUCUUCAUUAUUCAUCUUACGUUUUCACGGAGUGGAACUCUGUGUUAAAAUUAUGUGGAAAUUCUUAGCUCUGUUGCUGGUUGCUGCAGCGCAUGGUAAAAAUGAGUUUAGUGGUGACAAGGUCCUGCGGAUAACACCAACAACCGAGAAUCAAGUGAAGUAUCUGAAAGAGUGGAUUUCUCUAACACCCCUAGAGCUUGAUGUAUGGAGAGAACCUGGAGCGGCAGGAAAUCCUGUUGAUAUUCAUAUCAAAGCAUACGAUCUUGGUUCAGUGAAAUCCAUGUUAAAAGAAAAGGACAUUUCUUUUAAAGUGAUGAUGAAUGAUGUUGGAGAUGCUGUUGAAGAGGAAAGAUUAUCCAAUCAAAAGAAUGCGUUUUUCUCUGGAUUCGAUUACAAUCAAUACAAUACUUAUGAAAAUAUCAAACAAGAAUUAAGGAGCCUUGCAAACAGAUACUCUGAAAAAGCUUCAACAUUCUCAGUUGGGCGAUCAUAUGAAGGAGAAGAGAUGUUGGGAAUAAAGAUAACAGAUGGAAAUUCUGGAUCGAAACCUGUAGUUUGGAUUGACGGUGGAAUUCAUGCAAGAGAAUGGAUUUCACCAGCCACUGUCAUGUACUUUACGAAAGAGUUGUUAACAAGCUCUAGAAGUGAUGUAUCAGAUGCUUUGUCAAAGUACGAAUUUUACAUUCUCCCCGUGUUUAAUGUGGAUGGAUAUAAGUACACACAUACGGGCGGGAGAGCAAGAAUGUGGAGAAAAACAAGAUCAAGAAGCGGAAACGGAUGGUGUGUUGGAGCUGAUCCUAACAGGAACUGGGACCAUAAAUUUGGAGGUGUUGGUACAUCGUCAAACCCAUGUCAAGAUACUUAUCACGGUACUUCAGCUUUUUCUGAAAUUGAAGUUAGACAAGUCGCAAACUAUUUGAGAAGGUUGAAUUUGAAAUCUUAUUGGAACGUGCACGCAUAUAGUCAACUGGUUCUAACGCCUUGGUCGUAUACAACUAGAUUACCGGCUGAUUAUGGUGAAAUCAAACGAGUCGCUGACAUCUUUGUCAACGCUGUCUCAAGAAGAUACAGAACUUAUUAUAGAGCUGGUCCACCAUCAAGAAUUCUUUACGCAGUCGCUGGCGGCAGCAUCGAUUGGGUUUAUGCAGAACUCGGUGUAAAAUACUCAUACGCGCUUGAACUACGAGACAGAGGAAGCUAUGGAUUCGUGUUGCCAGCUCGGUACAUCAAACCUUCCGGAGAAGAGACAACUGAUGCGUUUUUGGCAGCCAUUAAUGCCAUGAAAUAAAUUUUAAUAGAAAUAAACAAGACUGUGUUGA